GUUAACUGCACGGCCCCGGGAGCGGGAGAUCACCAGAGCCCCUCCCCGUCGGGAGGUCCCACCGCAGGACGCGCCUCACCGGACAGCGGGGAGGGUGAGGGUGAGGGCGGCCGGAAUGGGGAUGAUGCGGGGAGGAGGGAAGAGACGUUGGCUGUCCAGAGCUGGCCGUCUGGCCGCACUGCCUCGGUCCAGGGAACAAGACUUGCCCGCCACUUCCGUCUCCACACCGCGGGAGAGACGGCGCGGGUCCCGGCGAAGGGUUCCCGGGACGGAAGGUUGUGCCAGGUUCCUGUCUCCAUGCCUCACCGGGAAGAGGGACGUCCCGGAGUGCUGUCCGGCUGCAGAACCCGCCACUGUCCCCUCCUCCGAUGGGCUGGGGGAGGAGGGAGUCCGGAGGCCCCUCAUGGCCAGUGCGAGGGACCAAGCCUUGGAAGGCGCUGGCCUCUCGACCCCUCGGUGCCCCGGAGCCCAGGCGUCAGGCCAGGCGACGACAGGCUGUCCCCGAGGGCCGGAACCUUCCUCCUCACCCGUGACACCCAACCACCAGACACACCCAGCCGGAGACCCGGAGCCAGUGGGUGCCCCGCAUCCAGGGGGAGAGGACGCGCCGGACCCUGGCAGGGGACCCUCGCCCACACCGGCCCACCAGAGGACCUCUGUACACACCACCAACCUGCACAACCCUUCCCUCCAGGUGCGGAGCCGCCACUGCCCCGGUGACCAGGACCACCACACGGGCGACCCGCUGCCCGCGUCACAGACUCCACACCCGCCCGACGGUGGGUCCGUUUACAGAGCGACCGCCGUGUUCAUCUCGGACGGAGACUCGGACGGGUCCUCCCCUACCGGGGGGAUUGGCGCGGCCAACCGGCGGCAGACGGGAGGGGGUCCCGAGCCCUGCCACACACCGGCCGCCGGCCACGCUCCCUGCGCCUGGGCGGAGGACAGCCCUCUGUCCAGGUCCGGCCGGAGCCCGGAGACCGCCAGCGGAGCCCGGGCCAAGGCUAGGCCGCCCUGGGAGAGUCCGAGGCCGGGGGGCCUCGGGCCGCAGCAGGUUUCAGGAGGAAAGCGUUUCAGCCAGAGCUGCCUAGACCUCACGGCAACUGAGGCGCCGGUGAUGGCCCCGAGGCCAUGGGAGUGUCCGGAGGCGGCUCGGCCGGACACCCGCUCCCCAACAUCCUCCUCUCUCACCGGGAGCCUGGACUCCACCGAGACCUUCCUCAUCGACUCACCGCGGGGCUUCGGGGAGCGGGAGGGAAUGGCCGGGGCAGCCAGAGCUCCGGACCCCCCGAGGGCAGCGGCCCACCGGCCCCGGUCUCGGGUCAGCAGGACCUCCGGGCCACAGCCCCACCAGGGAGCUGCCCCACCGCACAGGAGAGCCCGGAGCCCGCGGGCACCAUCCCACCGGACAACAUCCAUCCCCGGCUGCAGACAGGGUGAAGCACCCAGGCCAAGGGCCGCCGCUUCGGCCCAAAUCGAUGGUCAGAGACGGCAAGGCGCCCGCACCCAAGGGCGCAGCCUUGCGCUCCGGCAGCUCCCUGGGCCCGGGCUGCAGCGGUGCUUGGACCGAGCGAGAGAGCUGCAGCAGGAGCCCCGGCGCCGGAUCUCCGCCAGCAGCCCCGCCCUGCCUGGGCACCAGGGGCCGGAGCAGAAGCGAGGCCAAUCUGUCGGCGUGGCCGCGGCCGGGGCCGUUCCUCAGGAACCAGCUGGUCGGGCAGUUCGGGAGCUCCGGCUGCUGCUCGGGAGGUCUGAGCCUGCCGUACGGCGUGCACUGCUCGGGCCCGGGCACCGUGUACGUGGUGGACUCCGGCAACCGGCGGCUGCAGGUGCUGGGCGGGGCGGCGGGGAGACGCUGCAGCAGAUCCGCCUGGAGCACGGCUCCUACUUCGACGUGGCGGGUGAGCGCCCACGCCUGGUGGCUCUGACCGGCAUCUCCAGCCGGUCGGUGGAGGUGUACAACCGGCAGGGCGAGCUGCUGAACGCCAUCUCCAACCCCUUCCAGAACCCGCGCGGCAUCACCGUCAACAGCCGGGACCAGUUCCUGGUCACCGACACCAAGCGGGGCAACCGUGUCGGUGCUGAGGCUGGAGCCGGACACCGGCCGGCGGCUGGGCGCUGACAC